AUCGAGCUGUCAAAGUUCCAACACCAAUUAAAUCAGCAGAUAACCUCGACAGAUUUGCGUUUUUGUUUUAAUUUCCCUUAUAACACAUCAUCUCUUUUACAAAUAAAUCCUAUAGCUCAUAUCACAUUUACGGGAAGCUUCAAUGCUUUCAAUAUUGUCAAUGUCAUGGUCUAUUUGUCCGUAGAAUUUAUAAAUGAAAUCUUAUUGUCUGUUUUUAAUCUCCCUGACUACGACUCUACUUAUAAGUAAACUUAAAGCUUACUAAUGCAUCUCAGUUGCAAUAAUAAUUUCCAUAUAAAAUGUCACAGUCGCUCCGUUGGGGAAUAGUUGGUGUUUCCGAAAUCGCGCACGACUUUUGUGUGGCUCUUAAUCUUAAAUUUACACGCUGUGAUCAUGAAAUUGUCGCUGUUUCUAGUCAAUCCAGAGGACGGGCUGAGCUAUUUGCAAAAGAACAUGGAAUACCUAAAGUGUGCCCAGAUUAUAAGAGUCUAGCAGCGGAUGACCAAGUUGAAGUGGUUUACAUUUCGGUUCUUAAUCCCCUACGCUAUGAAGUUUGUAAAAUGAUGAUUGAAUAUAAAAAACACAUUGUUUGUGAAAAACCGUUAUGCAUUGAUCGGCAGCAGGUGAAGGAAAUUCUUGAUCUUGCCAAGAAAAGUGGUGUGUUUGUAAUGGAAGGACUUUGGUCAAGAUUUUUUCCUGUCUAUCGCUAUUUACAUCAGCUAAUGAAUAUGAAAAUUUUAAGCAAUGUUAAAGAAGUUUACGUUAAACAUGGCUACAAUGCAACUUGUAAGGAGAAGAUUCUCAAAAAAGAUAAAGGAGGUGGAGUUGUUCUUGAUAUUGGUGUCGAUGCGAUACAGUUUGUGGUAUUUAUUUACCAGGAGGAACCAAAAUCAAUUAAGGCAUCUGGAAAGAUCAAUUCCGAUGGGGUGGAUUUGUAUAUUCAAGUGGAUAUGUUCUUUUCUGGGGAUAGAAAGGCGACAAUUAUUUGUUCGGGCUUGCAAGCAUUUGAGAAUCAAGCUACAGUAAUUUCAAAGAAAGGCCCAAUUUGCAUUCCAGAUUACAACUGUCCAACCAAACUGUUUGGAUGCAAUGGUGCCCAUGAAUGGUCACUGAUAAGCUCAAAAAUACCAUUGAACUUUACAAAUUCACUUGGCUUACGCUAUGAAGCCGAUGAGGUCAUGAAAUGCAUACGAUCGGGAAAAUUGGAAUGCGAAAUUGUGCCGGCUAAAGAUAUGUUGCUGAUAGCACAGAUACGCGAUGAAAUUAGAAAACAAAUUGGUGUUCGUUAUGACAGUGAUAAGAGCUGAUUGGCGUGGCGUAGUUAUUAGAAUAUAAUGAUUGCAUGUCUAGUUGACUUUUCGACCUGGAGAUAAAUGAUGACAAAUUAAUAAAGCUCUGUUUUUUUUUCGAAAAUCUUAA